AUGGCUAGGGACGGAGCCGGGCGCUGGGCAGGUACGGGGCCGGGUGCUGGGCUAGGGACGGGGCCGGGUGCUGGGCAGGUACGGGGCCGGGCGUUGGGCAGGUACGGGGCCAGGCGCUGGGCAGGUACGGGGCUGGGCGCUGGGCAGGUACGGGGCCGGGCGCUGGGCAGGUACGGGGCCGGGCGCUCAGCAGGGACGGGGCCGGGCGCUGGGCAGGUACAGGGCCGGGCGCUGGGCAGGUACGGGUCCGGGCGCUGGGCAGGUACAGGGCCGGGCGCUGGGCAGGUACGGGGCCGGGCGCUGGGCAGGUACGGGGCCGGGCGCUGGGCAGGUACGGGGCCGGGCGCUGGGCAGGUACGGGGCCGGGCUCUGGGCAGGUACGGGGCCGGGCGCUGGGCAGGUACGGGGCCGGGCUCUGGGCAGGUACGGGGCCGGGCGCUGGGCAGGUACGGGGCCGGGCGCUGGGCAGGUACUGGGCCGGGCGCUGGGCAGGAACGGGGCCGGGCGCUGGGCAGGUACGGGGCCGGGCGCUGGGCAGGUACGGGGCCGGGCGCUGGGCAGGCACGGGGCCGGGCUCUGGGCAGGUACGGGGCCGGGCGUUGGGCAGGUACGGGGCCGGGCGCUGGGCAGGUACGGGGCCGGGCACUGGCAAGAGACGGGGCCGGGCGCGGGCAGGGUACGUGGCCGGGCGCGGACGAGGUACAGGGCCAGGCGCUGGCUAGGUACGGGCCGGGCGCGGGCUGGUUACGGGCCGGGCGCGGGCUAGUCGCAGGCCCAGGCCGACGGUUGACACCACGCCCACGGAGCGAAGCUCCCGUGCGCGCACCGAGGACGUGUGAGCGGACGGGAGAGGCCGUCGCGACGGCAUCUGUGGGCUCGUCAUCCGACACCCGGGACGCUGGCGGCGGAGUUAGCGGCGGAGUUAGCGGCGGGUUCGAUGGGGAUCCACUCGACGAGGAUGCCGUGCGCUGGCGCAAAGGGGUGCGAAGCCUUGCCCUCGACCGAAUUGGCGCCGCAGAUGCAGCGUCUUGA